GGCCGGCCGGGGGCGCUGGCUACGCUGUGGGCUAGGACUGGACAGGAACGCGACCAGCGGGCUCGAGCCCAGACACCAGCGCACACAGCCCUCUGCCAUCUCCCUGCCUCGUCCCCACCCCCUCCCCCCGGGCCGGGGGAGGCGGCGUGUCCGGCAGAGGUUUCCGAGGCGCGGGGCAGGCCUGGAGCGCCAUGAGCAGCCCGGAUGCGGGAUACGCCAGUGACGACCAGAGCCAGCCCCGGAGCGCGCUGCCCGCGGUGAUGGCCGGCCUGGGCCCCUGCCCCUGGGCCGAGUCUCUGAGCCCCCUUGGGGACAUGAAGGUGAAGGGCGAGGCGGCGGCGAGCAGCGGAGCGCCGGCCGGGGCUGCGGGUCGAGCCAAGGGCGAGUCACGGAUCCGGCGACCGAUGAACGCCUUCAUGGUGUGGGCUAAGGACGAGCGCAAGCGGCUGGCGCAGCAGAACCCGGACCUGCACAACGCUGAGCUGAGCAAGAUGCUGGGCAAGUCGUGGAAGGCGCUGACGCUGGCGGAGAAGCGGCCCUUCGUGGAGGAGGCGGAGCGGCUGCGCGUGCAGCACAUGCAGGACCACCCCAACUACAAGUACCGGCCGCGGCGGCGCAAGCAGGUGAAACGGCUGAAGCGGGUGGAGGGCGGCUUUCUGCACGGCCUCGCCGAGCCGCAGGCGGCCGCCCCGGCAGCACCCGCCGGGCCGGGGCAGCCGUCGCCUCCUCCCGAGGCGCUGCCCUGCCGGGACGCCGCGGACCCCGGCCAGCCCGCCGAGCUCCUCGGGGAGAUGGACCGCACGGAAUUUGAACAGUACCUGCACUUCGUGUGCAAGCCCGAGAUGGGUCUCCCCUACCAGGGACAUGACUCUGGUGUGAAUCUCCCAGACAGCCACGGGGCCAUUUCCUCGGUGGUGUCCGAUGCCAGUUCUGCGGUAUAUUACUGCAACUAUCCUGACGUCUGACAGGUCCCGAUCAGCCCCAGCCUGCAGGCUAGAAGCAGUGUUACACACUUCCUGGAGGAGCGAAAGAAAUCCUCAGCAUCAUGUUUUGUUUUGUUUUUGAGUUGCCUCGACAUAUAAUUUAUGGUAAUUUAUUUUGUCUGCCACUUGAACAGUUGGGGGCGGGGGGAAAGUGUGGUUUAAGAUUUGUUCAGAAACUUGUUUCCCAAGUUGUGCUGUCAGAACCCCUUUUUCAACUUAUCCAGUUUUGACUGUGUCCCAGAAGAACUUGCUCCAUUUCCUGAAAAUUUAUUGAUCAAAGAAAUUUUGUCCCAGGUGUGUUUUUUCAACCUUUAAAAAAAUAAAAUCUGGAAUUCUGCUUUUCAACUCUC